AUGACUUCAAUCAAUGCUACCCCCUCUGAUCCAAAGCCCAAGGCUGUUUUCCAUGCCUCCACACCAUCGGCUCCCAUCCUCAUCUACUUGCCUCCGGGCCCUGUGGUACCUGACUCUUCCGAAGAACAGGGGCGUGUCAUUUCUACUCUGCGUGCGUCAAGUGAUGCCACAGUUGUGCGUAUCAACUAUCGUGCGUCUGCUGAACACCAAUACCCGACUCCCUAUCAUGAUGCACUAUUCGGUUACGACUGGAUUAGUGAGAAUUUGCUCCGCGAUGAGUUUAAACGACCCCAUCUUGCACGUCUUGGGGUAUGCGGAGAACUGGUAGGCGGUUCGAUCGCGACCAUGUUGGCUUUGACCGAGUGUCGCAAUAAAGAGAGCCGUAUCGCUGCUGCUGCAGUCAACAACCCCAUCGCCGAUUGGGUAUUUCAUGACGAUCUACCCCUUGUCCAUCCUUCCGAACUACCGGAACCUGCUUCUCCUGAUGAGACCUCUUUUCCUGCAGACGAGGAUCCGGGUGACCCAACAAGUCCUCCUGAGAAGACCAAACCUGUCUCGAAGGCUGGUCAACCUCGUAAAAAACGAGCACCCAAAUUGCCUCCUCCAACUGCGUGGCAGCUACACGGCGACAACGAAGUGCUGCCCACAUCAAAGCUUUCUGUAGAGCGUAACUUUCUGUUUCGUGGACCCGAGGACUUCUUUGACCGCUUCGCCUCUCCCAUACAUUUCUUCCGCUCUCCGCGUGCACAACUGAUAUAUCCACCAAGCGACGACGUCUCGGCCUCGGAGCAGCCUGACGAUCAGCUUGACAUGGAGGCACAAAUGCUUCUUGGCCACUACACACCUUUCAAAUCGAAAGCCAAAGCCAGUACAGAACUACCCGUCUUAUCAAGAUGUCGGGCCUACAUUCGCAGCUAUCCUCCAGCGGGGGUAAACCUCAGUCUGCCGGUUUGGAACAUUACUGCUGGGACGGACAGUCCACUUGCUGACCAGACGUCGGAGUUGGCGAAGAUGCUGAGACGCAGUGUUGCUCGUCAUACUCUUAAAGCGCGGGCUCGUCGUGUGCGGUGGCUUGAUCCGGCUGAGAAAGCUCAGUAUGAAGAAAUGGCACUGGAGAGGGUUCACUUGGAUCUAACUCCAGGUAUCGGCCUGUGGACCCAACAAGACGAUGAUUUAAGCUGGAAGUCUCAAGUGGAAGGGAUGGGUGCAUGGCUGAAGCACAGCUUGAAAUGA